ACACCACCUUAAAUUGCGAUCGAGGUAAAGGGUAAAUGUUAGACAUCGUCAGGAUCUCGAACAAAAACAUGUAGACUUUUACUUGCGGUGAUUGCGGUGAAUUUGUGUUAGCCAGAUGAAAUAUUGGCACUACUCACAAGGGAACACUUGGCCCUCGCCUAGGGAGUCAAACAGCUCACAGACUAAUUUUACACACCAUCUAUCAUGCCCAAUUGGCCAUGACUAUGUAUCGUAAACAUUUUAGGUGUUAAAAGAAAGGGUGAUCCGAGCUAAAAUUGCCAAAAAAACCACUUUUAGAAGUUCACCUUUGAAGACACUUUAGCAUUUGGGUUCUGGUUAGGUUUAGCAUCACCUUUUACUUUGAGGGUUGUUAUUUGCUGCUCGAAUGUUUACUAUUUGUCGUCCAUAAUUUAUGUAAAAAUAUCAUUUUUUCCCCUCAGUCAUUUUUUUCAUAACACAAAUCCCCAUCCGCCAUAAUUUCCUUGUUUAAUUUCUUGGGUGCAAAAACGUUAGAGUUGUGCUUAGAGGUGUCAAUUAGAAUCCAAAUCCAUGAAUCCAAUCCAAUCCAUCCACCAAAUUAUCCACCUAAUCCAAUCCAUUUAAAUCCAAUCCAUUUGAUCCAAAUCCAAUUGGAUUGGUGGAUUCAUGGAUCAAUCCAUGGAUCCAAAUAGCAAAUUAUGAUUUGGUACCUAUAUUUUUUAUAUUUUAUAUUUCGGUACCUAAAAUUUAUGUUUUUAUACAAAAAAUACCAUUGGAAAAUUAUAUUUUGGUAUCUAAAAUUUUUCAUUAUGACAUUUUAGUACCAAAACUUUUCAAAUUUUACAUUUUUGUCCAAGCCUUGGAUGUCAUUUGGAUUCAUGGAUCAAUCCACCAAUCCAUUUGAUUCAAUCCAUGAAUCCACCAAUCCGUUUGAUCCAAUCCAUUUGAUCCAUGGAUCCACAAAUCCAAUCCACCAAUCCAAUCCAAUUGUCACCUCUAGUUGUGCUGACUAUUUUCCCCCUACUGGAUUCAAGCCCACAUAACCAGAAAAAUACGCAUGUCCGUAUGUAUUUGGGCUGCCUCUUCUCUUUUUGUCAGCCGGCCCAAUUUGUUUCCUAGUUUAUAAGUUACCAGUAUCUUCUCGUCUUCUCCACACUCCCGAGUCCCGAUACCCUUCCAUCCUUCGCUUUGGGAAGGCAGAGAAAGUCGGUAAAAGAGAAAUGGAGAAUCCGAGACUGUCGAUCGUAUUAGCCUUGAGUUUACUCUCCUUGGUGGGUUUAUCCGCCGCAAUCGAGUCGCCCCAGUUCUCAGUAGUUCACAAGGAAUCGGAUUUCGAGAUCAGACUGUACAGAAGAUCGACAUGGAUGGCCGCCCAAAUCAACCAACUUUCAUUCCAGAAGGCCACUUUGCUCGGCUUUCACAGGCUGUUCCAGUUCAUUCAAGGAGCCAAUCUGAACAAUUCCAGGAUUCCAAUGACAGCACCAGUAGUGACCAGCAUAGUUCCAGGGUCCGGUCCGUUCCACUCGUCCUCCUACUCGGUUCGAUUCUACUUACCGGUUAAGUUCCAGGACGACCCGCCAACGCCUCUCCCUGAACUGAAACUGGAGCCUUAUCAAUGGGAUGCUCACUGCGUGGCUGUCAGGAAGUUCUCUGGGUAUGCAAAGGAUGACAACAUCGUGAAAGAAGCUCAGAAGCUGGCCGUCAGCUUGAGCAGGUCUCCCUGGGCUCUUCCGAACGACGGAACUACUGAUUAUGCUUACUCCAUUGCACAGUAUGACUCCCCGUUUCAUUUCAUUGGUCGGGUUAAUGAAGUCUGGGCUGAUGUGAAGAGUUCUGGUGGUGGUGAUGAUGAUGAUGCCUGCGGUUCCAGUGGUAUAGCAGCUUACUGAAGGAGGAAUACUUCUAAGUUACCUGGUCUGUUGUUCCAUGUAUGUACAUGCUAUGUAGUUGUCUGGUUACUGUAUCUGUGUCCCAGGCAAUCCGACUCCGAGUAGCGAGAAGUCAUAUGAAUGCUGGAUUGUCGAAAUGGAUGGAUUGUUACAAAAUACGUGACUUGUGAAGUGUGAAGUAGAUGGAUUUCCAAGGAAUGCUGAAUUGUGUUGUAGUUUGGACUGAUCUAAAUAAGCAAUACUAAUAAGUGAAUUGUGGGACA